UCUGACUUGUUGUGUGCACUGAUGUAUGACUUUACACUCCACACAGCAGCUUUCUUUUGUUGGGUGAGGUGGGAGGGGGUAACCUGAUUCCCAAGGCAACUGUUGCCACCGCAAAACACUCAAUGAAUGCACAGGCAUGUCACGGUUUAAUCUCUAACUAGUGCCAGUACAGUAAUUUGUUAUAUUUAGAUUUGGAGUUAUGAUUUCAUGCUAAUAGAAUUGCAACUUUUAAGAAGAAAAUAAAAUCGUGCAGGAUUUUACACCUAAUUCCACGCAAAGACUUGAUCUCUCUGGCGGGAAAACAGAAGAAACAGCCUGAACUACAAAAUGAAACUACGUGAGAGAAAACAAGCUUUCUUUUUCCAUUUGUUGACUAUUAUAAUAUUACUGUUAAACAUGUUAAACAUGCUGUGAUGAACUUUAUUUCAAUCUUCAUUAUCACAGCAGCCAUCUCUAUAGCUUCCACACCGCUGUGUAUUCCUCAUGACACACCUCCUGUGCGGCAGAGUCGCAGUCUGGUGGUCACUCCCAUGACAUUUCCCAUCAUCUCAGAUUCUGCCCGGCUGAGGACAAGCAGUCAGAUUAUUCCAAGACUGAACCCUUUACAUCCACCACUGGUCCAUAAACGCACCGUCAGCCUGGAGACACCAGUUGUUCACCACCAUAACCACCAGAGGACACUGAUCUUGCAGAGAAGGGAGCACUACAGGUAUCAUCAAGUGUGGCGAAAACCCUUUUAUGGAAGCAGCAGUGAAAGAGAAGAAUACAGGAAGGAGCUGAGAGAUCAGUUAAAGAGGCAGAUAGAGGAGAAAUGUGUAUCACUGAAGUUGCAGCUGGCCAGUAAAGUGAAGGAAGCAGAGUUUGUACGUGAAGUGGACCGCCUCGCCCUGUCCAAUGAAAGAGAACAAAGGAUCCAGCACAAAAAAGCAAUGACAGCGUACAGAGAUGAGAACAAGAAGCUGAUGGAGCAGAGCUGGCGGGACAGAGCACUAACACGGUCCCAGGAGGUCCUGAAGGAGAGAGAGCUGCUGCGCCUCAACCCCAUUAACUGGAGUGGAACACUGAAAUAGGUUCAACCUCAACAUCCAGAGUCAAAAGUUUCAGGUCGUGCUAAUGCACUUGGGCAUGCAUGCCAGACGAGAAUGAAACACAACAUACAGUAUAUAGUGCAUGUAAUUAAUGUGGUAAUAGCCAUCGAAGGAACUAAACAGGGAUAAUUCUACGGUUUUAUAAUCUGAACAUAUAAGAAUGCCAAUGUAUUUCCAAUCCUACAGUAAAUUUUAAGACUUAAAGGAGUAUAAUUUAGCGCUGAACUUCUGUGACAUUGUCAGAUUUUAAAUCAAUGAAGCAGAACCAGAGAUAUCGUUUUUAAUUCUAUGCAUUUCAUUCUAUUCUUCCAAGUCAAAACCUGGGGCCUAUAUAACCCACAGUGCAACCCGACCGCCAACAGUUCUGUUGGGAGAUUAAGGUGUGUUAUUUUAGUAGCAGCUAAAAGAUCAGAGAUUAGGAAGAGAUGAGGAACGGGCUACAGAGGUCUGGUACACUCAUUUCUUUCUAACUCUACAUCCUCAGAUUUUUUUCUCUGAAGCUACAAAGAACUACAUUCUACUUUUUUAAUAUAUGUGCUGUUGUACUCCCCAAGACAUACAAACAAGCUUUGAUGUGUAAAAUCCCCU